AUGGAUGCUCCAGAUGGCAACAGGGACGUCAAGCUAUAUCGCGCUUCUGCCGACCUGCUCCUGGACAUAUCGAGAAGGCUAAAUGAAUUGCUAGAAGAUGCGUCCGAUGCCACGAAGCCUUCAGAACACCAGUUGUGGAUCUCUGACUCCCGAGUCGAAAGGAUCAUCAGCCUUCUCGAUCUUUUCCAAGAAUGGCCCCAAUUACUCGACCCUCUUCUACCAAAACUUGUCAACCCUCUGAUAGGCGCAUUUCUACGUUGUCUAGUGAAUGGGCGAUAUGGGAGUCGGCCUGAGGCUUCGACCCCUGUUCCAAAGACAUCACCCUUACCAUCUGCAAUAUGCUGUAUUCUGAAUACGUUAUGCAAAGUUCGUGGUGUCAAGGUGAUCACUAGAUUCCUGAACAAUGAGCCGAGAUAUCUCGAACCGAUGCUUGAAGCCUUGCUACUGAACCAGCCGAACUUGGUCUGGCAAGAACGAUAUAUCAUUUUGUUAUGGCUCUCACACCUCGUCCUCACCCCGUUUGACUUACAAUCGGUUUCAUCCUCUGAUGAGAAUGUGUGCUUCAAAUUAUGGGCUGAUGAAGAAUUCAAACACCUUCGUCUUCCUAUCAUUUCGAAAGCGCUCCUUCAUGCUGGCUUGGAGAACUUAGGCGUUGCAGGUAAGGAAAGGGAAUCUGCCAGCCUCCUGAUAGUCCGGCUCGCCCUUCGUCCUGACUUGCAGCGCGUGGGACUGCUUGAUGAGUUGGCGAGAUUAAUGCUCACAAGUCUACUCGGUUACGCGCAGAGGCCCACAGCAACAACAUAUGAAUGUCUGGGAUAUCUUUCUAUUCUAUCCGUUAUAAUGAAAUCUGGAUCAGCUGAUGAUGUUUCUCCCUUCUUGAUCAGUACAUUUGACUUUGGCCUCAAGGCUGCUACAGCAGGUUCGGCGGAGUUCAGCAUGAUCCGAGCAUCAGCACCUGCUCGGAAGAUGUUGGUGGUUAUCUUGCGUGCAUCCAUGCUGCAUCUCAUUUCACUCAAUUCGAGCAACCGUGUCGAUAUUAUAUCUAUCGAUACCUUGUAUGAGAUGUUAGAGGGCAUGGUUCAGUAUCUUCUCAAUGCUCUAGGUGACAAAGACACCCCUGUAAGACUUGCCGCCAGCAAGGCUCUAAGCAUGCUGGCCCACAAACUCGAUGAAGGUAUGAAGGCCGAAGUUGUCCAAGCAGUUUUAGACACUCUGGAAGAGGAUAUUUUGUACGAGAAGCCGGAUUCCGGAGAUCCAGUGACAUUCAGCCCUUUGAUGAGUGAAGAUAUGCAAACAAUGUUGCGCAACGUGACAGCUGUGAAUUCACUCAAGUGGCAGGGUCUGUUGUUGACCCUAGGUCAUUUGCUCUUUCGAAGAACAGCUCCACCAGAUCAAUUGCCUCCAAUUCUUCGAUCCCUCCUUUCAGGUUUAGAUUUCGAACAGAGAUCAGCAGGUGGCACUUCGCUCGGUGGAGUCGUCAGGGAUGCCGCAUGCUUCGGUCUUUGGUCACUGGCUCGUAAAUACGCUACGCCUGAGCUUCAACGUAUCGAGCCUGCCAGCGUCUUGCCAGCGCUUGGGACCACGCUUCCCACCACCGGCGAAACGUCAGUUCUUCAAAUCGUUGCAAACCAGCUCGUUGUUUCGGCCUGUCUUGAUCCUUCUGGAAACAUUCGAAGAGGCUCAUCUGCAGCACUUCAAGAACUGAUUGGGAGACACCCUGACACAGUCACCGCGGGAAUUGCUUUAAUACAAGUCAUUGAUUAUCAUGCAGUUGCCAGACGGUCACGAGCAAUGCUAGAUGUCGCUCACGAUGCCGCCAAGCUUGCUGAUGUCUACAGGUGGGCUCUUUUAAAUGCAUUACUUGGAUGGCGAGGUGUCAGAGCUGUAGACGAGGAGUCUCGCAGGUCUGCCGCUACAGCAAUCAGUGAGCUGGCCUCCAUGGAAUCAUCCUCUGACAGCUUCACCGUAUUGGAAACCCUUCAGAAGCAAUCGAGCAAGUUGCCUAUAGAGAAUUCAAAGACUAUAGCAGAAAUGCGACAUGGAUUACUGAUGACAAUGUCACGCAUAUUGGACACUUUGGAUCUCGGUAGCACUAUUGAUUUCAAUUCCACGCCCAGGACCCCAAUAGCAUCCCUCCUACACCUCUUACUGCAAGGAAUUAGUAUAGACGGUCAACUGUUAGGCAGUCUUAAAGGAAAGUUCAUCCCCGAGCUUGUUUUAGAGGGAGCUGUCAGCCUAAUAUCUUCACUUAUGCGCAGAGCGCCUGAAACUCCCUCCAAUUUUUCAGAUGAUCUAAUUGACGUCUUGGAGUUGUGCCUCACUCGAGCCGAUCAUGAUAUUGCGCUUGUUGCCUGCGCAGAUGCUGCAUUCGAAUUGCUACGAAGACUCCCUGAAACUCGAAAGGUGUGCCUUGUUGAAAACUGGCUUAAUGCUAAACAUCAACGACAUUCCUCUUUUAGCAGCAAAGGCCGUAUUCUCGCUUUAGGCAGUACAUACCCAGUUAUGCCUAAAGAGAAGCCGGCAAGCCAGACGGGUAUGAAAGAGAGUGCCAGAAGUAGAGUGUUUGCACGAUUGAGGGAUUUUAUCCAAGGCGAGUGGCCGAUCGAGACACACGUCAUAGCUAUUCGCAGUCUCACAUCGAUCAUACCGCACUUGGGGGAAGAGGAUUGUGCAGGGCCUCUGUGUGCAGCACUAGACAACUAUACCAAUGAUCAACGUGGCGACGUGGGCUCUUUAGCACGACUGGAGGCUGUCAAAACUGUUUCAGCUCUUUUAUCAAGCUUGACGCAGAGACCAGACGCCAUUUCUGAACAUGAUGUACAGCAACUCGUACAAAGACUAUUUCGACUUGCUGGAGAAAAGCUUGACAAGCUGCGAUUUGAGGCAUGGAAAUGUAUUCAAGUUUUCCUGGGGGGAUUGAGUAUCAACUCACCUCAAUUUUUCUCCCACGUUAGUGACGUCUCUUCUCAACGCUACUUUUCCGCUCUUCUCCAAUAUCUACAGGUGCCCUGGCUGCAGUCUUGUAUUCUUCAGGGAGUCGUACACUCUACCACGUCUGGUACGGAAGAACUGAUGCGUGUAUCACGUCUUACUUUGAUUCAGAGUAUAGUCAACGCUUCUUCGGAUUGUCGGGCGGGAAGAGUUCUUGAAAUGCUGGUCACUCUGUUAGAGACCUUAUACACGGACGAGCGUCAAGCUACGCCCUUACUCGAAACCAUCGCCUUUCUACUAGAGCAAGGCAUUGAGCCAGGAGGAGAGUUUGGGCCUAGGCUGUCAGCGCGAAAACUAUGGAAUGUUGUCCGUAAAGCCCAUUUCAAAUCAACCAAUAUCCGCAAGUUAGAGGCUGCUGUCAAAAUAUACGGAGCACUAGCAGUAAGAGAGGAUAUAAGGAGCAAUGCCCUCGGAAAGCUGAGGGAUUUGCUGCUACAUCCAUACCCUAGUAUUAGGAAGGCAGCUGCUGAUGCACUGUACACCGAGCUGCCUAAUGGGGAUAUUCUUACACAGGACUGGUCACGUCCGGCGAAAGACCUCAAAGAGGUCGUUGCGGGAUUGACCAGACCCAAUAUGGAGCCAGCAGGCAUUGCUUGA